CUCAGUCUGGGAUCUGAGUCAACUUACUACCCCAGUCACAAAAUCUACUUGCUCUUUGCAUCAUCACAGGUGAUAAGACUGCAGCCUCAGCUGAUAUUAUUUGGGGCAGUGUCAACACACAUUUUUAUUCACUAUUUGUUUAUGAUACAGCCUGUAAUGUGCUAGUAUUUUCUAGACCCUGAAGAAGGAAUUAUCCCUGGCCUAAGGAACUCAUGGUCUAAAAACAGAGUGAGACCAACUGAGGAUGGAGAACAAAAAGAGGGACUUCAUAUACAGGUUACCAAGAUUCCCCAUAUGCUGCAUGGCAGAAGUGGGAUUUUGAAGAGGGACUUUGAUGUGGACAGGGUAUGGGCCUUAUGGACAGGAAGUUUGGUUGCCCCAUGCCUAGGUACGCUUGAGGGAGAAGGCCCAGAGGCCCAGACUCUCAAAGGGAUGUAGGAGCCUAAAGAAGCAGAAAGGCUAGAAUACCCACUAAAAUUCCUAGAGGAAAGAAAGUAAAAGCCGCUCCGCAGCCUACGACGACAUUGGCUUCAUGUGCAAGAAGCUGACAAACAGGUGAGCAAGGCGCGGGGGCAACAUGAAGCCUGACAUGGUCAUAUAAGUAGGGGGGAGCAGAGUUAUACAAGCUGGAGGAGCUGACAAGAAGUUUAACUUUGAUGCAGUAGCAGAUGGGGGGGAAGGGGAGGGGUGUCCAGUGGAGGGAUUUUUUUUUGAGAGAGAGAGUUCAACUGCAUUUUGUAUGAACUGAAGGGGAGGCGCAUGUCUGUCUGUAAAAUAUGGUAGGUGAGACAGAUGCUGAGGAGGAGAAAGCAGCAGGAUUUGGAUCUGACCAAGAUGUGUAGGGAAAUGGAGGAGGAUCCAGGCCCAGGGAGGAUGGUGGCAAUGAUAUCAGUAACAGAGAGAGGCAGUGGAGAUGGAUUGAGAGGGAAGAUCAGGAGUUUGGCUUUGGUUGUAUUAUGUUUCUAUCCAGGAGAUGGCUGAGAUGCAGGCUGAGAAGUGAGAGCGGAUGGGAAGAGAAACAGUCCCUGCCCUGAAUGUACAAUUGGAAGUGCACUCUUGACAGCUGUGUGCUGCCAUUGUCACCCCAGGAUUCUUCUGAGUGCUCCCAUCCUGCAAAGACUUCAACUGACUUUAUGCCUAAAGGAGAAGGUCUCAGAAUGGGGGACAAGGCCAGGAUACAGCACGGAGACCCUGAGAGGAGGGAGGAGGAAGAGAGAAGGUGGAGCUCCAGGAGUUACAAUGUAGGGGCCGUCUCCAGCUUCCUCUCUACCCUUGUGACCUUCCCCAUCUACAAGACCAUCUUCCGCCAGCAGAUCCAUGCCUUUUCCAUACAGGAGGCCAUACAGCAACUGCGCCAGGAGGGCAUGCGCCGCUUCUACCGGGGCCUCUUCCCACCACUCUUGUCCAAGACGCUCCAGGGAACCCUGUUGUUUGGCACCCAUGACAGCUUGCUCCUUCUCCUCACCAGCAACCCUUCUGAGCCUUGCACGCUGGGGGAGCGGUGGACAGCAGGAUUCCUGGCUGGCUUAGUGGAAGCUUUAGUCCUGAACCCCUUUGAGCGGGUCCAGAAUGUCCUGCAAGAUGGACGGAAAGAUGCCAGGUUCCCAAACACCCGCAGCAUCCUGCAGGAAUUCAACUCAUAUGGUCUGAAGGAAAGGCUGGUUGUAGGCUACUAUCGUGGCCUCAGCCCCGUCCUGCUGCGGAACAGCCUGGGCAGUGCACUGUACUUCUCUUUUAAGGAUCCCCUCCGUGAUGGCCUGGCCACGAGGGGCUUGCCUAGCUGGCUCCCUGCCCUGGUGUCUGGCAGUGUUAAUGGGACGGUGACUUGCCUGGCAUUGUACCCUCUGAGUGUCCUCAUUGCCAACAUGCAGUCACAGGUUGUGGGGAGGGAUCUCCUCGGCCUCCGGCAGUCUGUGUGGUCUGUCUGGGAGUCGCACGGGAGGAAGCUGACUCUUCUCUAUCGGGGCGGCUCCCUCCUUGUCCUCAGGUCCUGCCUGACAUGGGGUCUCACCACUGCCAUCCAUGACUUCCUGAAAGAGAACACAGGGCAGAAGUCCCAGGUGGAAUAAGGGGAGAGGCCAGAGAACCAUUGGCCCUGACAUUUCUAGUGUCAUGUCUCAGAGCCCUGAGGACUUUGAAUGGGUUUUCGCUUGUUUACAAAGAGGCCCUGAAG